AUGUCUGAGAAAGUGCUCGACGGAACGCUUCAUCUGCCUCGCCAAUGUUCAAGCACGAACAAUCUAUACCCGUCUAGCGACGUCGGGUCAUCCACGCCAAACACGAGAUGGGCAACCUCGACUACAGACCACUCGAGUACUGUAGAUCCAGCGGAGGUCGAAGCCAUGCAAUGCCUGGAAGAGGGUACACAGAAACUUGAGGAAGGCGACGUGAAUUCCGCAAAGGAGCUAUACAAGCGCAGCGUAGACAUCAAGCGGACCGCGAGCUCGUUGUUCAACCUUGGGGUGACGCAUUACCACCUGAAGGAGUAUGACGAAGCCAUUGCUGCUUGGAAAGAGUCAAUAGCUUUGCAGCCCUCCAGCGCCGACGCUCACACCAACCUGGCAAGCGCAUAUAUCAUCUCUCCUGUGAGCCGACCAGACCUCGCUCUGCACCAUCUCAGUAUUGCAUCGUCUCUGUCGCCAGAAGACCCGGAGAUUGCUUUCAAUUACGCAGCCGUCCUUGAAGCUUGUGGCCGCCUUGAAGAUGCCCUCGCGCAAUACAAGCGCAGCAAGAAGUUCGGUGUCGAACGCGCAGCGGUCCAUAUCCGCAACGUCAGCGCGAAGAUCCUCGGGAAGCAGCUGACUGAAGUAGAGCAGGCAUCAGACGAGAAAUGAAAGCCUACCUGUUCACUCCGCUACAUCUAUCGCCAUCUGUUAGAGUUUAAUUAUAGUCCGCUUCAUC